UCUUCCUCGACUCAAUUUUACCGGUGAGCAGUAGUCUGUCUCGCUUUGGUUGUGUGCUCACGUCUUUUUGUGUAUAGCUUCUCCGCUGUCUGCCGAUCUUUCGGCAUUUUCACUGGAUUCUAGACGUUCGCGGUCAGCUGAACAUGGACUAGGAAGGGAUGAUGGGACCCCAAUGUUCCAUCUAGCACCGCUGAGGAAUCAUCUGAGAGACUGAGUAUUGGAGGAAAAUCUUGAUAUCUUUUUUGUACGCAUCUACUGUAGCUCUCUCUGUCUCUGCAAAACAAGGACCCAAAAAGAAACCAAAAAAAAGUACAGAAUCAUUAUCAUCAUUUGCGCGUCAUUUCCCAUCUCUUGUGUUCAAUCGUCUCGACACCUCCCGCCAUGUCGUUCCAGUUCCCAGACUGGUCCACGGCGUUCUCGCCAGAUUUUCAUGAGAGCGCCAAGGCCAUGCUGGAGGGGGCUCUGAACAAGGGCAAUAAACCUCCAGUGAUCCAGGGAAGGAUCGAAGUGGUGGAUAUGAGCAUGGGGACUGUGCCUCCAGUGCUCACCUUGCUGGAGAUUGGAGACCUAUCGUUGGAUAGGUUUCGAGGUAUUCUCAGGUUGGGAUAUCAAGGCGACGCGUGGAUCGAAGUCAGAUGUCGAGUUCAAGCCAAUCCACUUUCUCACAAUCCGAAUCUCUCCUCAUCGACUUUGCCUCUUGCCGCUCCGCUAUUGGCCUCUCAACCUUUGCUCGUCCCCAUGACGCUCAGAUUAUCACGUUUACAUCUCCGGGCAAUUCUCAUCCUCGUGGUUUCUCAAUCCAAGGGAAUAACCCUAGUUUUCAAGAAUGAUCCGCUACAGAAUGUAGACGUGUCGUCUACAUUCGAUUCGGUUGAAGUGAUUCGAGGCUAUCUCCAACAAGAGAUCGAAGGUCAACUGCGAGAAAUGUUCCGUGAAGAUCUCCCCGGUAUCAUUCACAGACUUAGUCAACGUUGGUUCACCGGUACAGGCGUCGGCGGCAAGGUGGAAUUGCCCUACAAAGAUCCAGAUUAUGCGCCGACCAUUAUCGAGGACGACGACGAAUCACAAAUCUUCCCACCCCCUGUGCCUACGCCCAUCAUCACGCCCAAGCGAUCCACACAGCGAGCUUCGAGAAAAUCUCUCACGGCUGAAUCGCCGACUUCCUAUACAGUCUUUCCCGGCAUCGAGGAGUAUGAUCCAACUUAUGGAUUACGUCCUGAGGGAGUGCCGACGCACAGCGGAUACGAAGCCUUUGGCAGGUUAUGGGAGAAGGCAAGAGGUACAGGACUAGGAGCGCUCGUCGACUCGAGAGGCGACGUCAGCGAUUUUGAAGAAGAAGAGAGCUUUGACAUGUUCGAAAUGGAGACCGCUCUGGAAUCUGUCGCGCCGCCAUCGGAAGACGAUCAAUGGGAGACAUUUCCUGCAGUCGGAGGAGGACUCAUCACUCGACCUCGGAUCUAUCAUUCACAGAGCCAGAUCCGUGCUCCUUCAGAGGCUGGACAGGCUCAGAGUCCAUCGGGUGCGGGAAGCAUCACUGCGAGAGCCAGCUCGGUAGCUUCUUCGACCGUAGGGAGCCUCUGCAUCCCACCAUCAUUUGCGCGAGGUCCUCCCUCCCUCAGACGCUUCGCAACUCAGUCCGAUGUAUUCCAUUCAGACCCAUUCUUGGCCCCUCCACUGCCUCAUUCCCAGUCAUUCCAAGCGAAUGCGCCGACAAAGCCGCGUCCCGCUCGACCAGCUUCAAUAGCAGGCACAUCGCCUGGCAAAUCGACUCUUCCUCGUGGUUUCACCCUUCCCCUCAACAAUACCGUCUCACAACUCGCGACGUUAUCUCAUUCUGCUCAUACUCUAUCUCCGUAUGCUCGAGGUCAUGAACAUAUCGCUGUGAGGUCUUUCCCUCAUCUUGGCAAAUCCAUGUCAACGGCAUCGGGAUCAACAGCCAGUGCUCCGGAUGUUGCGCAUGGCCCCGUCAAGGCGAGGCGGAAGAGGAUCUUCCAAGUUAGACGGGAGUCUGGAUAAUUAUAAGCGAUAUGGAGUCAUAUUCCUGACAGACGAAACAACAUCGAACUUGGUAGCAGACCUCAACACCUAUGUACGAGUCUUCGAGG